AUGAAGGAGUUGUGGGUGAGGUUGUUGGUAAGAGGCUAUAGGGACUAUGUUGGUGAGGCCGUGGGAUAUGUUACGAGGGGCCGUGUUAAAGAGCCUAUGAGGUGUGCUCGGGCAAGAGGCUAUGGGUGUGCUUGGACCGCGGGGUGUGUUGUAAAGGCAAUGUUGGUAAGUGGUUAUGUUUUGAGCGAGAUAGCUAGAUGUACGAGCCCGAUGGAUUGGGCAAGGGUCUAUGAUGUGGGAGGCAUCGACCCACGGGACAUUGCGAAGGAGGCUAGGCAUGUGAGGCUUGUGAGGGAGAUAAGAAAGAGCUAUAGAGUGUUCGUGAGGGAGGUUAUGAGGUGA